AUGCUGGACACGAUCAGAGAUGCGCCCCUUGGUCAACUCAUCCGGUUGGUCACCAACAAUCGAGUACUCCUGUACCCAGACGAAAAACCUGGGUUCACUCUGCCAAAAGUGGCUCCCGAAAGUCCAGGAGAGCCAGAGCCAGACAACUCAGGAAGGCCGAACACCGAUGAAGAAGCUGCGGGAAGACUCAGUCUUGAGCGACAAGUCAGUCGAGUGUUCACCCCGGAACGUCUGGAGUUGGAUCAACAGCUUGAACUGGAAAAGACAAAAAGCAUCCCGAUCUCUCUUCACAAGACUGCUGACGGAACGGUGCUUGUGGACUGGUACACGACUGAUGAUCCGGAAAAUCCACAGAAUUGGUCCAGGGGAAAGAAGCGUUUCGUCCUCAUACAGAUAUGUCUCUACAGUUUCGCUAUGUAUGCUGGAUCUAGUAUCUAUGUGGUGGGAGAGGCGGGAGUCAUGGAGGAAUUUGGGGUUUCACAAGCUGCAGCGGCAAUGGGUCUGGCAAUCUAUGUCAUAGGAUAUGGAAUCGGUCCUCUCCUGUUUGCACCCCUCAGCGAAAUCCCAGCAAUCGGCAGAAACGGAGUAUAUACGCCUACUUUCGUCCUCUUCGUCAUCCUGUCCAUUCCCACCGCAGUGGUCAAAAAUUAUGCCGGGCUCCUCGUCCUGCGAUUCUUACAGGGCCUGUUGAGCAGUCCUAGUUUAGCGAACGGAGGCGCAUCUGUGGCUGACAUGUACAAUCUACUCAUGCUUCCGCUCUACCUUUCUGCAUGGACCGCCGCAUGUUUUUGGGGUCCAGCAUUGGGGCCUGUCAUUGCUGGGUUCGCAGUCUCUGCCAAAGGAUGGCGCUGGUCGCUCUGGGAGCUCGUGUGGAUGUCAGCUCCCAUCCUUGUUCUCUACCUUAUCGCCUGUCCGGAGACAAGCUCCUCUACCAUCCUCCGUCGUCGAGCACAGCGCCUGCGUAAAACGCUGAGACGCAACGACCUUCGUUCCCAGAGCGAGAUCCAGCAGGCCAAUAUGAGCGUAUCCUCGAUCUUUGUCGACGCCGUCAUCAAGCCCGUGGAGAUCAUGAUCAAAGAUCCAGCUGUGCUCUUCACAAAUGUCUACACCGCUUUGACGUACGGGAUAUACUACUCAUUCUUCGAGGUGUUUCCACUGGUGUAUAUUGACAUCUACGGCUUCAACCUCGGCGAGCUGGGCUUGACAUUCCUCACCAUCGGCAUAGCUUGUGUCAUCGGCGUCAGCGUCUUCACUGCUUACCUGAUGCUCUACCUCGUUCCAGACAUUCGCAAACGAGGUCUUCGCGCACCCGAGCACCGCUUGGUCCCAGCUUUGUUUGCUGUCUGCACUUUGCCCAUGGGGUACUUUAUGUUCGGUUGGACUGCUCGUGCGUCCGUACAUUGGAUCGUGAGCUUGAUUGGAGUCGUGAUUCUCGUCUUCUCCAACUAUAUCAUCUUCCAGUGCAUCUUCGUGUACUUGCCGCUCUCGUACGCGCAGUACGCGGCGUCGUUGUUUGCCGGGAACGAUCUGAUCCGCGCCGCCUUCGCCGCCGGAUGCGUCAUCUUCUCUCGGCCCAUGUUCAUCACCCUCGGCGUCGGAGGAGGAGUCAGUCUCCUGGCUGGGUUGGCCGUCGUUGGCGUUUUCGGCAUGUUCGCCCUGUACUUUUUCGGAGCCAAGUUGAGGGCAAGAAGUACCUUUGCCGUCUCAUAA